AUGGACCCCCUGGGACACUACAACUUAGUUCAAGAACCUGCAGGUAAUAAUCUGUGCGGGAUAUCUGUUGCUGAACUAGGGAAUCUUCUAAGUGAAAAUAAGACUAUUAAAAGAUUAUCUCUUGAAUGGAAUUGUAUUACAGCAGAUAUUAACUCAUUUCAAACCUUCUCUUCAGGAUUGGGUGUUAACAGUGGACUAGAAUACUUGGAUUUAAGAAACAACCAACUUUCUCACGUGGCUGUAUCUUUUCUGGUAAAAGCUUUGGAAACGAACUCCUCUCUCAAGUAUCUUGAUUUACGUUGGAACAAUAUUGGUGCAGUCGGAGGAAACUGUAUCCUGGAGGCUCUUAACACAAACAGGAGUUUGCUAAAGAUUGAACUUCAAGGUACACAUGUUCCAAAGGAGACGUGUAAUCUUAUAGAAUCUAGUCUGCAGUCUAAUAUGGAGAAGGUUCACCUUGGGCCGGAUUUAGGAUUAAUAAAGGAAAAGACUGGGAGAGAAAGGAUCAAAGAGAAGGAGCUGAGUACUGAAAUGUUACGCAGCAAAGGUGCACCAGAAAUCGAAGACGACCUGAACGGAAACACGCGGUUUAGAACAACGGAUUUGGCGAAUCACAAAAUAGAGAGAGAUCAUAGAACAAUAAACGGUGAACAUAGAACUUCUUGUAGAACAUCUGAUAGAGAGGAGAGAACGUCCAGUAGAACAUCGGACAGGGGAAAUGAGCAUAGAAUUCCAAAUAACGAGAUUAGAAUUACAAACAGAGAACAAAGAAGAACGGAAAGAUGGUGUAGGAGAAGAAAGGUUGGAUACAGAAAAGAUGAAAGAGAAACUAGAAGUAUGGACCGGGAAGCAAAACAUGAUUAUGAUUCAAAUAGAAUUAGCAGAAGCAUGGAGUUCGAGUGUGAAGAAGAAUUGAGGCCAAGUAUCCAGGCUGAACUGAAGGAAGAGAGAGAAAAGGUUCGAAAGCUUGAGUUACAAGAGAAUGCAAGAGACAGAGAAUCCUUGCUCCGGGAUGAGUGGAGGGAUCAGGUAUCCAGGAUGAGAGAUGAGUGGAGGGAGGAUGAGGAGAGGAUCAGAGAAGACUGGAUUAGAGAAGAAAAUAAGAUAAAACGAAUAUGUGAAGAAAGGGGAUUACAGAUAGCUCAGGUUAGAGAGAAAGAAGCCAUGGUCAGUACUUUAAGAGCAACUGCCAGGGACCUAGAAGAAAAUUGUAUAGACUGGAGAACAAGAUACGAUGAAUUAGAACAGAAAUAUGAAUAUAUCCAGGUGAACUGGGAAAAGAACUGUCAGGAAUCCACCGGAACUAGCUCUGCAGAAACUACUCCUAUUCAAGACGAAAAGAAAAAAUUACAAAAAGAAAAAGAAAGUUUACGAAAGGAAAAAGACAUGCUUCUCGUUGGAUGA